GUUCCAACUGAGCCACGCACCGCCCCGCCCCCCGCCCCCGCUCAAUCCAAACUGUCACGCGCCGUCUCCCCUUCCCUCCGCAGGCUGAAGGGCAAGAGUACCCAGAGACCCAGCUCCCGCCGCAAAGACGCCUCAGGCCUCAAGACGACCAGGUCCCGACUCACCGACACCGGCCUGCUUGCGACAGAAGAUCAAAUCCGGGUGAUGUUUGGCCAUCGCCUUCCCUUAGGCCAGUCGCCGGAUGCAGCCUCAGCUUCCGCUCGACCUCUGACCUCCUCCGGGCUCCGCUUCCCCGCCAAUCAAGGCUCCGCCCCUGCCCACGUCCCGCCCCCUCACGCAGCCAAGCCGGGGGUGGGCGUGGCCCGAUCCCGCCGGGAGUUGAGAAUUCGCAAUCUCGGGGCUCUCCUCCGUCAGACUGUGACGGGGCUGCCACCGGUGACAGCGAUGUCCUGAGCGCGGAGGCUAGCGGGGCUGGUUCCCAGUCCUUUGGCUGGUCCCUUAGUCCCGCCCCUUGCUACUUCUUGGCCUUGCCCAGCCACCCAUCCCCCGUUCUCAGGAGGCCCCGCCCCCUGCCCGGGACCUCAGAGUCCUCUCCCCUUCCGGGCUCCUCCUCAGCCUCCGCCCACGAGCCGUGCCGGCGACUCCGAGGCAGGCCCCGCCCCCGGAGCCUUUAAGGGCUCCGGCGCGCGCGUCACUUUCACGCGACCACAUCUUUGUCAGUGCACAAAAUGGCGCCGUAUAGCCUGCUGGUGGCCCGGCUGCAGAAAACACUGGGCAGUGGGUUCCGAAGGUACCAUGUGGCUUCCGUCCUGUGCCAGCGGGCCAAGGUGUCCAUGAGCCACUUUGAGCCUCAGAGUUACAUCCAGUAUGAACUUCUGGAGAAGAACAUUAACAUAGUCCGGAAGAGGUUGAACCGGCCGCUGACCUUGUCAGAGAAGAUCGUGUACGGCCACCUGGAUGACCCUUCCAAACAGGAAAUCGAGCGGGGCAAGUCAUACCUGCGGCUUCGGCCGGACCGUGUGGCCAUGCAGGAUGCCACAGCACAGAUGGCCAUGCUGCAGUUCAUCAGCAGCGGGCUGCCCAAGGUGGCCGUGCCAUCCACCAUCCACUGUGACCACUUGAUUGAAGCCCAGGUCGGUGGCGAGAAGGAUCUCCGGCGGGCCAAGGACAUUAAUCAGGAGGUCUAUAGCUUCCUAGCAACAGCAAGCGCCAAGUACGGGGUGGGCUUCUGGAAGCCAGGCUCAGGAAUCAUUCACCAGAUCAUCCUUGAGAACUACUCAUACCCAGGGGUGCUGCUGAUUGGCACCGACUCCCACACCCCAAAUGGGGGCGGCCUGGGGGGCAUCUGCAUCGGGGUUGGCGGAGCUGAUGCUGUGGACGUUAUGGCCGGCAUCCCCUGGGAGCUGAAGUGCCCCAAGGUGAUUGGCGUGAAGCUGACCGGCACGUUGUCCGGUUGGUCCUCUCCCAAAGAUGUGAUUCUGAAGGUGGCUGGCAUCCUCACGGUGAAAGGUGGCACCGGGGCCAUUGUUGAGUACCACGGGCCUGGCGUGGACUCCAUCUCCUGCACUGGCAUGGCGACAAUCUGUAAUAUGGGUGCAGAGAUAGGAGCCACCACCUCUGUGUUCCCCUACAACCAGAGGAUGAAGACAUAUCUGAGCAAGACUGGCCGGGGCGACAUUGCUAAAUUGGCUGAUGAAUUCAAGGACCACUUGGUGCCUGACCCUGGCUGCCACUAUGACCAGCUGAUUGAAAUUAACCUCAACGAGCUCAAACCCCACAUCAAUGGGCCCUUCACCCCAGACCUGGCACACCCAGUGGCUGAUGUUGGAGCUGUGGCAGAAAAGGAAGGCUGGCCGCUGGACAUCCGUGUGGGGCUGAUCGGCAGCUGCACCAACUCCAGCUAUGAGGACAUGGGGCGCUCGGCGGCUGUGGCCAAGCAGGCCCUGGCCCACGGGCUGAAAUGCAAGUCUCAGUUUACCAUCACCCCUGGCUCUGAGCAGAUCCGGGCCACCAUCGAGAGAGAUGGCUACGCGCAGAUCCUACGGGAUGUGGGCGGCAUUGUCUUAGCCAACGCCUGUGGCCCUUGCAUUGGCCAAUGGGACAGGAAAGACAUCAAGAAGGGGGAGAAGAACACCAUCGUCACCUCCUACAACAGGAACUUCACAGGUCGCAAUGAUGCCAACCCUGAGACCCAUGCCUUUGUCACCUCCCCGGAGAUCGUCACUGCCUUGUCCAUCGCUGGUACCCUCAAAUUCAACCCAGAGACAGAUAUGCUGACUGGCAAAGACGGCAAAAAGUUUAAGUUACAGCCUCCUGAUGCAGAUGAACUUCCCAGAGCGGACUUUGACCCUGGACAGGACACCUACCAGCACCCUCCAAAAGACGGCAGUGCCAUGCGUGUGGACGUGAGCCCUACCAGCCAACGCCUGCAGCUCCUGGAGCCCUUUGACAAGUGGGAUGGCAAAGACCUGGAGGACCUACAGAUCCUCAUCAAGGUCAAGGGGAAGUGUACCACCGACCACAUCUCGGCUGCCGGCCCAUGGCUCAAGUUCCGAGGCCACCUGGACAACAUUUCCAACAAUCUGCUGAUCGGCGCCAUCAACGUAGAAAAUGGGAAAGCCAAUUCAGUGAGAAACGUCGUGACCCAGGAGUUUGGGCCCGUCCCAGACACAGCCCGCCAUUAUAAGAAAAGUGGCAUCAAGUGGGUGGUGAUCGGAGAUGAAAACUAUGGGGAAGGGUCCAGCCGGGAGCACGCAGCCCUGGAACCCCGGCAUCUGGGUGGCCGAGCCAUCAUCACCAAGAGCUUUGCCAGGAUCCACGAAACCAACUUAAAGAAACAAGGUCUGCUGCCUCUGACAUUCGCUGACCCUGAGGACUACAACAAGAUCCACCCUGUGGACAAACUGACCAUCCAGGGACUGAAAGACUUUGCUCCUGGCAAGCCCCUGAAGUGCAUCAUCAAGCACCCCAACGGCAACCAAGAAACCAUCUUUCUGAACCACACCUUCAAUGAGACACAGAUAGAGUGGUUCCGGGCAGGCAGCGCCCUGAACCGCAUGAAGGAGCUACAGCAGUGACUGCCCCUUCCCCACUCCGCCCCUCCCUCGGACUCAGCUCUGGCAUCAUCUACGAAGGAGCGCUUCCAUCUUCAUGUGUGUCAGAAACACGUAACCCCCUCGUGGUCCCCGACACUCCCAGGGCCCGGCCUGGAGCGGCCUCACGGCCCCUGAGCGCUGAUGGGCUGCCCUGCCCAGCUAACUGCUUUUACCUUGGACCAUCAGACUCCAUCUGAAGAGGUCUUUCCUCCCUGAUCAUUUCACUGGUGGCUGGAGGUUUUAAAAGAAAGAAAAUCUUUUUUUGUUCUUCCAGU